AUGUCGACGGUGAUCAAGGAACGUAUCAGCCGCGAUAAACGCGAAUUCAAACUGGAAUGGACCAUCGAGCAGUUUGAGUAUUACAAGGAUUCCCAGGAGACUCUGUAUAGCGCUGGAACUACGAUGGAGGAACUGGGAAUGACUGGCCAUGAAGGCCGCUGGCGAAUCUGUGUGAAGCCCUGCUUCCAGAAAGUGAAAGGCCGUAAGAACACGACCACCGGAGCAACGGGCAGCGAGAUCAUUCGCAGCGGUACCAUGGAGCGCCAGUCUUUCUCCAGUGAAUCCUUUCGGAUGGGGGAUGCCAACUGGCUCUCGUAUGACGAGUUGUUUGGCACCACUGGCACGGACGGAAAAAUCGAGGACGACACCAUCUCCCUGGAAAUGGAAGUGGUCAUCUACACCGCAUCGUCCACCACGCGCUUCGUGCGUUCACCGGCCAACGACAAUCCUUCGGAUCGUUACAAACAGUUCAUAAAGAAGCAGCUGGACUGGUUGCGCUCGCCCCGUCAUCCGCAUUCUACGGAUUUCACCCUGCAAGCCAGUAACGGCAAAGAAUUCCGUGUCAGUCGCUUUGUCCUCAUGUCCCACUCGGAAUACUUCGCGGGUAUGCUAUCGCAGAACACCACCGAGAAGCAGACAUCGCGUUGCUCGUUGGUCGAGGAUGCCGAAACCGUGGAGAUCCUGCUGGACUAUCUGUACGGUCUGGACACCGCACGUGUGACGAAUGCCAACGCCGAGAAGAUCCUGGUAGCGGCGGAUAAAUACAUUUUGUUUGAUCUGAUCGGACUGUGCGAGGAAACACUGGCUCAGACUGUCACAGCGGGGACCGCGGCGCACCGUCUGGCUUUGGCGCGUCGUCUGCGCUUGGACACUCUGGAGCGGGCCGCGCUGAAGCUCAUUCCGAAAAACAUGGCGGCGGCUAUGGCCGAUGAGGCGUUGCAGGGCGCGAUCCGCGAGGACCCCGAUAUUGCGGAGAUUAUUGAGGUUCACUGUUCGAAAAAGUCCCGUUCGUAG